CUACAAUCCUGCUGCCGCGUCCUUUUGUCCCACAGAACCCUAGAACGGAAUUUGAAAAACCCUGAUAACAUCAAUAUUGGUAUUGGCAGCAGAAGCAGAAUUGCAGGAAGAAGAAGAUGCCUCUAACAGAAUAUAACGUAGAAGAAGCUGAAGAAUCUACUUUACCAAAUGAAGACGAAGGCGAAGAGCUUUCAUGGUCGUCGGAUUCUGAUAUAGCAGAUGCUCUGGAUUGGCUGGACACGAAGGACGAUAACGAAACCAUUGAUGGAGCCUUUUCUCUCUCAUCGAGGCGUCCGAACGCUCAUGGCGGGCUUCUCUCUCGUCCUUCCUCAUCUCCUCUUCAACCUCUAUCUAAUCGCAGCCAGAAGUUUUUCAAUCACAUUCGAGCAGCACCCUUGGAGGAGUGGGAAGGAAGAGUGAAUGUUGGCAUGUCAAACUCUGUAACAACUGCAAUUCGCGAAAGCGUUCGAGAGAUGGCUAUUGGGAAAACAAAAACUACCGAGAAAGCAGACCGUGCCACAGUUGAGCAGGCCAUUGAUCCAAGAACUCGCAUGGUUCUCUUCAAAAUGCUCAAUCGUGGAGUAUUUCAUGAUAUCAAUGGUUGCAUAUCAACAGGGAAAGAACUCUGUUCUCAUCCGGCAAUCAUUUUAUUUCUCCCUCAGGCAAAUGUUUAUCAUGCAACAAAAGCUGAUGGUCAAGAACUGGCAAUCAAAGUAUACAAAACUUCUAUUCUUGUAUUCAAAGACAGGGAUCGGUAUGUUCAAGGAGAUUAUCGUUUCAGACAUGGAUACUGCAAGCACAACCCAAGGAAAAUGGUGAAAACUUGGGCUGAGAAAGAAAUGAGGAACCUUUUGAGGUUAAAGGCAGCAGGAAUUAGGUGUCCAACUCCAUGCCUUUUGAGGCUUCAUGUUUUGGUCAUGGAAUUUAUAGGAAAAGCAGGCUGGGCUGCACCUCGUCUCAAGGAUGCUGCUUUAUCUCAAGACAAAAUACGUGAAGGUUAUGUUGAGAUGAUUGUGGCAAUGAGAACCUUGUAUCAGAAGUGCAAACUAGUGCAUGGAGAUCUCAGUGAAUAUAACAUACUUUAUUUUGAGGGUCACUUGUACAUCAUUGAUGUUUCUCAAGCUGUGGACCUUGACCACCCCCAUGCCUUAGAUUUUCUACGUGAAGAUUGUGUCCAUAUUUCUGAUUUCUUUAGAAAGCAUGGAGUAGCUGUUAUGACAGUUCGAGAGCUGUUUGAUUUCAUAGUUGAUCCAUCUAUAGCUGAUGAAUCUAUGGACAACUAUUUAGAAGAGAUUCAGCAAAAAAUUUUGGCAAGGGGAGAUGUGAUAUCUGCAGAGGAUGAAAUUGCAGAUUCUGUCUUUGUCCAGGCAUACAUUCCAAGGACACUGGAACAUGUGAAGAAUGUUGAGGAGGAUAUAAAACGCAUAACAAGCGGGGAAGAUACAGGGGGUAUUUACUAUCAGACUGUAACAGGACUCAAGCAAGCUCUUUCAGAAGUUCAACCAACUACAGGCCAAGGUGCCAAAAAGCUGCCCCAGCCACAUGAAGAAAAUUGCACAGAACUCAUUGAUAGUUUAGCUGUGCAUACCGACUCUGCAAAUAGUGAAACAGAGACUGAAACAGAUGAAGAUGAGGACUCGGAUUCCUUGGAAGGGAAUGGUUCAGCAUAUGAGGCAAAAAUACCAACACCAGUUGAUAAAAAAGCUGCUCGGAAAGAGAACAAGAAGAAAGUGAAAGAGGAAAAGAGAGAGGCCCGCAAGACUAAAGUUCCAAAGGCUGUCAAGAAAAGAAAAAAGAAGUUGGCCAAAGCCAACAAGACAAGGUAGCUGGCUAGCUGCUAUUGUAAUACCUUAACAGGCAACAUCAAGCGCCACAUAUGACAAAUAAUGCGAAGGCCCCCGAGAACCAAGAUUCAAGAAACAUCCUUUUUAGAUGUUUCCCCCAACCACCGAAUGCCACUUCCGUGUGCCUAACCCAGUGUUAAGUAGGAUAUCUCCGGUUUAAGUGAAUCUGGCAAACCAAAUACAUAUCGUAUGUUCAAGUUAAAUAACGUAUAUAUGACACACAAGGACAAUGAUGAUGCAAAUGCGGCUCAAAAUAUCACAAUGUAUUGCUGUGUACCAAUGUAUAUUGGAACUUAAAAAAACGUCUAUCGAAUUUCAGGAUCA